AUGAAUCUCUGUACGGUGGGUAAAGGGCUGUUUGGCACGCAUGUUACCUGGGAAGAUAUUGAGGAAGACAUGCGCAGGGAACUGCACACCGAUGCUCACUUUGGCCCCAAUAAGAAGGCAGAAAACAUCGGAGAUGGCAAAGGCUUCAUGUCCAGAGUUGUGCUUGUGAACCCAGAUUGGCAAUGUAAGGACAAGGAUCUGCCCGAAAGAUUCAUUGUAAAAAUAGUAACACAAUUGGCUGUGUGCAAAACCUUCGAAGAAGUGGCGGAUAAAAACAACACAGAAAACAUCUUCAACGAUGAAAAAGUUAGGAGCGCUUUUGAAAAGCAACAAAAGGCUAUUCACAAUGCUGAGGCAACGCUUUACGCUUACCUGAAAACACUUCCUGUAGGAAAAUUUCCAGCCCCAAAGAUUUAUUAUACGAGGAAAUUUUCUGAAUCCAAUCCACUAAAAGGAUAUAUCAUAAUGGAGUUCAUGGAAAACUGCAAGACUUUGCACAUUUACGAAAAUAUUUCACUACAUGCUAUGGACGAGAUAUUACGUGCUUUGGCAAUCUUGGAAGCUACGCUAUUGAAAUCAGACGCAAAGAUCAAUAGUUUUACGAAGCACAUUUUGGCAGACUUGUACGGACCAUUUAUCAACGAAAAGGACACAAAACUAGCGAUCCAGUAUCUACGAGAUUUUGCUGGGGGUCAUUUGUCAGAGAAGGUAGACAAGCUGGACGAAAUAGUAACGGAAAUUCUUAACUUGGCUUCUGCGGACAAUCUGUCGGAAGAGCUAGGGAUGCAGCGGGUUGUUUGCCACGGAGAUUUAUGGUCAGCUAAUAUCCUGUGGCAGAACGAUGGCGAUGAUGUGAAAAUGACAGCUUUGAUCGACUUUCAGACUGUCAAUCUGGGCUGUCCAGCUACUGAUUUGGUCCGCGUUUUUUCUUCGUGCCUAAGUGGAAAGGAUAGGCAAGAGCACUGGGAGGAGCUGCUGGAACAUUUUUACGACUACUUGAAGAACGAAAUUGUGGAUCAGCAAAUGCCAUAUAGCCUAGAACAACUCAAAGAAUCUUAUCGCCGCUUCUUUCCUCUUGGCGCAUUCUUCAUUGCGUCAAUGAUUAGUUCAUUUUUCAACAUUGUGUGCAAAAAUGCAGACGAGGAGCAGAGAAUGAAGAGCAUGGAUACAGCAAAAGAAAAGCUUGAAGCCCUCCUAGAUGACAUUAUCUUCUUCCACCAACGCAAUCUGAAGCUCAACGGAACAAAGACACUUGAUAAAUGUUUGUGA